GCUCAGUCACUAAUGGCGUGUCUUCCUGUUACACACGUUAUAUCGUCAAAAUGGCUAAGAAAAAAGGAGACGAGAAAGUGAACCCACAACCUCAAAGUGAUAAUGAAGAGCCAAAUUUUGACGAGGAGCCCGACUUCGACGAUCCAGAAGGUUUUGUUGACGAUAUUCCCGACGAAGAGUUGUUGGCCGACCUUUUAGAGCAGAAACCGAAGGAAUCUGACAGUUAUGAGAACGUGGUCGUGGUCGACGGGUGCCCGCAGGUCGGACCUGAACGACUGGAAAAGCUCCAGAGUGUCAUAAACAAGAUAUUUAGUAAAUUCGGGAAGAUCGUCAACGAGUAUUAUCCGACUACCGAGAAUGGAACCACGACUGGUUACAUUUUCUUGGAGUACAGCAACCCUCAGAACGCCGCUGAAGCUGUGAAGGCAACAAAUAACUGUAAAUUAGAUAAGCAGCACACAUUCUUGGUGAAUUUGUUCACUGACUUUAAGAAGUAUUCAGAUAUCCCUAAGGAAUGGGAGCCACCAGCACCUCAGCCAUUCAAGGUUCAAUCAGACCUACAAUGGUAUUUGAUGGAUCCUGAUGCAUAUGACCAGUUCUUGGUUGGCAUUGGUACCGGAGUGGCGCUCCAGGUGUGGCAGAAUGCACUGCCAGAGCCAGCUUUACUGCAGGAGAGACCUAACUGGACGGAGACAUACGCCGUGUGGUCGCCAUUGGGAACGUACUUAGCGACGUUCCACUGGAAGGGUGUCGCCCUAUGGGCUGGCCCUAAGUUCUCACAGUUCCAGAAGUUCUUCCACCCUGAAGCUCGGUUCAUCUCCUUCUCCCCCUGUGAAAACUACAUUGUUACAUUCUCACCGACUGGUGACAGGGGCGAAGACAAGAAACUCAUUAUCUGGGAUAUUAGGACGGGUCUAGAAAAGCGUAGUUUCCCGCCACCAGACGAGUACGUCACCUGGCCCGUGUUCCGUUGGAGCAAGGACGACAAGUACUUCGCCAGGCUUGGACAGGAUAUGCUCUCUGUUUACGAGACUCCUAGCUUCGGCCUGCUCGACAAGAAGUCCAUUAAAAUACCAGGAAUCAGGCACUACCCGCUGGCUUGUGUGUUUGCAUCACUUUUAAAUCCUACAAUCAAGAAGAUGGAGGCACUGCACGGAACACUGGCUGAGUUGAGGUCAGAAUUCAGAGAAAGGAUGUCAAAAUUUGAAGCGGAUCUCAACAAAACACCAUCCGUUGCAUCUGGUGGUGCUUCUUCAGGUCUGGUGCAGGACUAUGCUGCCUUUAAGCGUUUCACUUUUGACGCACUUGAAUGUAUUCAGCGGCAAAUGGAGUUUUUUGCCAGAGACCUUGAUGCACUGGAGAUGAGAGGCCGAAGAAAAAUCCUACUGUUCCACGGGGUUCCUGAAACCACAAAGGAGAUCACUGCAGUGGUGGUUGCCAAUGUUAUCAAGGACAAGUUGAGUAUGGACACAUUCACUACCUCUGAUAUACGCAGGUGUCACCGAGUGGGCAGCCUCACCAGUAAGACACGUCCAAGGCCCAUACUGGUGAAAAUGCAGGAUAUGGGUAUCCGGGACAGGGUUUGGUACAGCAAGACCAAGCUGAAGGGCACUGGUAUCACACUGUCUGAAUUCCUGACAAAGGCACGGCACCAGGUCUUCAUGGCGGCGCGGGAUAAAUUUGGCGUAUCUAAUUGCUGGACUAAGCAGGGCCACAUUCAUGUCCUGGGACCAGAUGGCGCCAGGCACCGCCUACUCAGCCUUAGUGAUCUGCGAGCUAUCGGCGAGCCUGCGACAAUCCCUGAGCGGUCUCCCACGGUGGUCCAGAGGAAGAAGCGCGGUGCAAAUAAAAAGGACUUCAGUUGGUCACCUACAGACAACACUGUAGCGUAUUGGGUAGCAGAAGACAAAGAUGUACCUGCUAGGGUAACACUUCUAGAGCUCCCCAACCGCACUGAAAUACGUUCCAAGAACUUGUUCUCAGUAGCGGAUUGUAAAAUCCACUGGCAGAAGAGUGGAGACUACCUCUGUGUGAAAGUAGACCGUUACUCCAAAGUGAAGAAAGACAAAAAUGAAAUCAAGUACUCAGGAAUGUAUUACAACUUUGAAAUUUUCCACAUGCGGGAAAAGGAGAUCCCAGUAGACUCGGUAGAAAUUAAGGAACCUAUUCAAGCGUUUGCUUGGGAACCAGUUGGUUCUAAGUUUGCGAUUAUUCAUGGCGAUCCUGCUAACAUCUGCAUUAGUUUCUAUCAAGUGAACACUGGUCAGGCACCAACUUUGUUGAUGAAGUUCGAGAGGCAGCCCUUCAACCAUUUGUUCUGGUCUCCUUCUGGACAGUUCAUUGUUCUUGCCAACCUUGGACUCACCGGAGGUGCCCUGGAAUUCUUGGACACUAAUGAUUUCACGAUCAUGAAUGUGUCUGAUCAUUACCAGAUGUCUGGUAUUGAAUGGGACCCGACGGGCCGCUUCGUAGUGACUGGCGUGUCUUCACUCAAGAGUAAGAUCGACACUGGUUACUACAUCUGGUCCUUCCAGGGUAAAAUAUUGAGAAGGGUAAUGAAGGAGGGCUUCGCGCAGUUCAAUUGGCGGCCUAGGCCUCCGACGUUGCUCUCGGAGAAACAACAGAAGGACAUUAAGAAGAAUCUUAAGAAAUAUUACUCACAGUUCGAGUCUAAGGACCGUAUGCGCAGUAGCAAGGCUAGCAAGGAAUUGGUAGCCAAGCGUACUGAGCAGAUGAAGAAGCACAUGGAAUACCGCGAGGCCAAGGUGCAAGAAUGGAACGAGCAGAAGCCGCGCCGGCUUGAGCUCAGAAAUUACGUUGACACAGACGGUAUCGACGUAGACUCGACGGCAACGUCAGUGGAAGAAGUAGUAGAAUUUUUCGUGAAAGAAGAACAAACGGUCAUCGAGUAGUCACCAUUCCGCUCAAACGUUAGAGGUCGGCGUACCAACACCGACCUCAGAUAUACUCCGGAGACGGAUAAUAAUACAUUUUUAAUAAACAGACCACAAAAUAUACAGUUUUUUUAUACCUUCAUCCCGCUAAAGUCACAAAAGCAUUUUAUACGCGAGAGUAACAUUAUGUUCAGUGUAAGAUUUCGGUUAAUAAAUUAUACAAUAGGUAAUGUUUAUAGAAAUCAUAUUAAAUUGAUAUGUUUCAAAUGGAAAACGGCC